ACAGACCAAUAAGAGAAGUUAGUUAGUGAUUUGUCGUUUCUAGUAGCCGAUCUUGAUAGAAUAUAUUUGUUGCAAUAUCCUAUUAAUCGUAAUUGUUCAGGAUGCCGAAGAAAAAAACAGGACAGCGUAAAAAAGCAGAGAAACAGAAAUUGAGACAGAAAGAAAUUCGUAAUGCUCGUGGUCACGCAGAUCUGGCGCAGCACCCUUGCAAUCUUCCGAUGGAGUGUGAUAAAUGUCAGAAGAAGCAAAAGAGUCGUGCGUUUUGCUACUUUUGUUCAGCAGUGCAGCGGCUGCCAGCAUGUGCGGCAUGUGGCAAGGUGAAGUGUAUGGCUAAAACUGGCGACUGCGUGGUGCGACAUCCCGGCACUUUCACCACAGGCCUUGCUAUGGUGGGUGCGAUUUGUGACUUCUGUGAGGCAUGGGUGUGUCACGGACGUAAGUGCCUCACUACUCAUGCUUGCUCCUGCCCACUCAUCGAUGCUGUCUGUCUGGAGUGUGAACGAGGUGUUUGGGAACACGGCGGGCGCGUGUUCCGCUGCUGCUUCUGCCAGGGGUUCCUGUGCGAGGAUGAUCAGUUUGAACAUCAGGCCUCCUGUCAGGUGUUAGAGGCGGAGACUUACAAAUGUCAGUCGUGCAACCGUCUCGGGCAGUACUCGUGCCUGCGCUGCAAGACGUGCUACUGCGAGGAGCACGUGCGGCGAAGGGGUGCGGCGGGGGGCGGGGGCGGGGGAGCGCGGGGCCGAGGCCCCCCUCCCUGCCCGCGCUGCCAGCUGCCCACGCUGCCAGUCACAGACCUCUCGCUCUCCACGCGCACGCAUCGUUAUGGACGUCAGGGCGCCGCGCAACCAGACGACGACGACGGUCACCCAUCCGGCGAUUACGACGCUGCAGAUUACGGUGACUACUCGUACUCGUACGCAUACUCGGGCUCCGACGACGGCAGCGACCAGGACGAGGAGCAGGAUGACGACGAAGACGACGACGAAUCCGGCGAGGAUGAAGCGCCAUCCGCCGCCCGCGCCCCCGCCCCUGGCCCCGGCCCCGCCCACUAGAUACAUUUUGCACAUCAAAGAUAGAUCGACCCUUCCUUUUAAUAUAUAUGUUGCAAUCU